CUGGAGGCUGCAGGAGGAGGAGGAUCAGUUAUUUGUAGUGGUCCAGCUGAGAGCUCCUUCAGAAAACAAGAGCGUGCCCCCCCCUGUCGUCCAGCCGCAGUGGUUCUUCCCAGUUGGGCAGCUCCCGCUCCAGGUCACUGCGGGCUUCCGUAGCUUCGCUUCAGCCGCGGACGGCAGCCAGCCAGCGCAAUGUUAUCCCGGUCCCCGUGUGUUUACCGGACACUUGGCCGUUCUCUGUCAGCGGCGAACCAGGCCACUAACGUGUUGGUCCGACAGACUGCAUCAGGUCACUCAGUCUGCAGCAGGCUGCUUUACAGGAAAUCUCAGCCAUGUGAAUUUCCUUCUUCAGUGAAUGUGUACCACAUCAGAUACUUCAAGACGUCUGCCGCUCACAGGGAUGAAGUGGUUACAGUCAAAACUCCUGCAUUUGCAGAAUCGGUUACAGAAGGGGACGUGAGGUGGGAGAAAGCUGUGGGCGAUUCAGUGACAGAAGAUGAAGUGGUUUGUGAAAUUGAGACUGACAAGACGUCGGUUCAAGUCCCUGCUCCAGCUGCUGGAGUCAUCGAGGAGCUGCUGGUUCCUGAUGGAGGGAAAGUAGAAGGAGGAACGCCUCUCUUCAAGCUCCGGAAAGGAGCUGCUGCCACUGCCAAACCUGCUCCGUCUCCAGCUGCAGAUCCUCCACCUCCAACAGCUGCCACCCCUCCACCUCCUCCUCCACCACCUCCAGCCCCUGCUGCCACACCUCCAGUGCCACCACAGCCGGUCCAAGCCAAACCUGUUUCUGCUGUCAAACCCGCAGCUGCAGCUCCACCAGCAGCUCCUCCAGCAGCAGGAUCCAGAGGAGAAAACAGGGUGAAGAUGAACCGCAUGAGGCUGAGGAUCGCUCAGAGACUGAAGGAGGCUCAGAACACCUGCGCCAUGCUGACCACCUUCAACGAGGUGGACAUGAGCAACAUUCAGGAGAUGAGGAAACUCCACAAGGAUGCUUUCUUAAAAAAACACAACAUCAAACUGGGUUUUAUGUCGGCAUUUGUUAAGGCUGCUGCACACGCUCUGACCGACCAACCUGCUGUCAACGCCGUUAUUGACGACACAACCAAAGAGAUCAUCUACAGAGAUUACGUAGAUAUUAGUGUUGCUGUGGCAACUCCAAAGGGGCUUGUUGUACCAGUGGUCCGUGAUGUUCAGACCAUGAACUUCGCUGAUAUUGAGAAAGCCAUUAAUGCGCUGGGAGAAAAGGCUCGUAACAAUGAGCUCGCUGUUGAAGAUAUGGACGGAGGUACGUUCACCAUCAGCAACGGUGGUGUGUUUGGCUCUAUGUUCGGCACACCCAUCAUUAACCCCCCGCAGUCUGCCAUCCUGGGCAUGCACGGCAUCUUCGACAGGCCUGUGGCCAUCAAUGGAAAGGUUGAGAUCCGACCCAUGAUGUACGUGGCGCUGACAUACGACCACCGACUCGUCGACGGCAGAGAAGCGGUCACCUUCCUACGCAAGAUCAAAGCAGUGGUGGAAGAUCCUCGAGUGCUGCUCCUGGACAUGUGAUGUUUCUAGCACCACGUUACUCUUUAUUUAAUGAUAUUCAGCUGCAUAAAAUGAACUCCACAUCACAGAAAACGCACAAAAUUGCCUAUACGGCCACUGUUGUCAUUAGUAACUGUUCAGUCCAACUACAAGGGGUAACUGGAGCUGCGUUUCAACACUAGUGAACCUUAAAUGCAUGCUAUUACCUAUAGAGAGGAAUCUGAAGUAUCUGCAACGUGGGCAGAAUCAAGAUAAUUGCUUUGCUGCAUUGGAAUUUGGCCGACAUUUCACAUUACAGCAUGUCACAUACAUUACAUUAUACUGCAACAUAACUUACAUACGGGUGUGUUAUGUCCCUGUGCUCUUCAGAUGUGUAGCCACAUGAAGCAGGAGAUAAACAAUCGCUGUAUUCUUCUCACAGUUGUGUAAUCGUAAAACAAAAAAAUGGCUUUUCCAGAAAGCGGUCGGUUGCGUAACUUUCUCCGCUGCUCGUUAGCCGGUCGCUCCUGAGCCACUCUUUCCACAGCGGGGCCAAACGGAGCUAAUUCAGAUUAGUUCAAGAUGUUUAAUGGUAACACAGGUUUAUAAGAUUUCCUUGGUUUGCUGCAAGAAACAGUCCGGAAACACGAGUCAGUAACCAGGAAACUAGAUUUUUGUAUGGAACAUGUGUCUACCGGUGCCAUGCCUUUAAAUCAGCGUCGACUGAUGUGCUUGGAUGUGACUCAGUUCAGUUAUAUUCCUGCUUUGCACUUAUCCACGGCCUGUGUUGUAUCGUUUUUAGUUUUCGUUGUUGUCAAGACUACAGAUUCUGAGCAGUCAUCAGAUUUCAGCAAAGCGGACAAUUUACAUUAUUCAUUAGCAGAAACUGUACAAAACAAACAUGCACUAUUGGUUUUUAGUUUACUUUAAAGGCGAUAAGUUGAGAGUAAUGUUCAAAACGCACAAUUUGCCAGCAGGUUUUUAUGUUAAGCUCCAAUGUUGGAACAGAUGUGCAUUGUCCUAUCUUAUACAUGAAAUAUUAAAAAAAAAAUAUUUUAAACAUUAAACAUCUUAAGGGAAACUUAAA